UUUCGCGUUGGCGUGCUGUUGCGGGCCAAAAAUGGUUUGAGAAAGUCGCGAGAAUACAACGAACUUCAUUACAUGCACAUAAAGUUUCUCACUUCGGUAUCAUGUGAAUAAUAAAAGCGCUUGCAGUUAUGUGACUCUAAGAUAAAAUGUUGCAGCUUUUAAUUUUGCUGAUGUCAGUUCUAAUCACGACGUCGGGUUCCAAGUGCCCCGCUAUGUGCACUUGUAAGCAUUUACCGCGCGAAACUGUGUCGACAAAUUAUCUUUAUUAUAUCUCUGCGAGGUGCAACGGGUUUAACUCGAGCGAGAGGCUUAGUAACGUAACCCGAGAACUUAAAGUGUUUAAUCUAGAUGAAACUAGUGUUAAUGAAUUAUUUCGAACAUUGUCGGUAAACGACUUACGUGAGUUAAGAACUCUUGUGAUCACACAUAGUGUUGUAAAUAGUAUUAAUGUCGCUUUAAGAGAUAUUCGGUCCUUAACUUUAUCGCACAAUAAUUUAACCAAGAUACCACAGAUUAGUGAACGUAUGAAUCUCACAUUAUUGGACUUGUCAAGUAAUAAUCUGACUGAGCUGUCAUUUAUUAACUUAACAGCAAGCAUAAGUGCUCUGGAAUCUCUAAAUCUCAACAACAAUUUUAUAAGAAAAGUAAAUAAUGACACUUUAUCUAAUUUCCGAUUACUAAAAGUUCUGGAUAUUUCCCAAAAUCAACUCUACACAUUAAAUGAUAAUUCAUUCAGAGCCCUAGAAAAUCUGCAAUUUUUAAACUUAAGCUACAACAAGCUUCAAGUUUUACAAAGGGCUUAUUUUUCCAGCUUAAACAACCUGCAGCAGCUGGACGUGUCCUGGAAUAAUUUAGCCCGCGUGGCCUUAGGCAGUUUGCAAUUACCAAGUUUGUCACGCUUACUGCUUGCUGGCAAUUCCCAGCUCGGAGACUCGUAUGAACUUUUACUCGGAAUAGGGCAAAGAGUACAAAUCGUGGAUGUAUCAAAGACUGGACUUAAAAAAAUUCCCGCUGCUAUAACACACUCGAUUAAGUCUCUAAAGCUAUUGAACAACACCAUUAAAACAUUAAGCCGUGGAGAGCUAGAUGAUUACCCAUUGUUACAAUAUCUAGACUUAAGUUCAAAUGACAUUGUUUCUCUGGAAGAUGAUGCUAUGGGCAGGCUAGAGUUUUUGUCAAAUAUACAUCUUACUAAUAACAAAAUUGUUUUUAUUCCACGAAGUUUACCUGAAAGUCUACGUGAAUUGCACUUAGGGCAUAAUAAUAUUGUAAAUGUGUUGCGAUUUGACUUAAAGAAUUUACCGAAAUUGGAAGUGUUAAUAUUAAAUGACAAUAAAAUUAUUACCAUAGAGUCAGAUUCUUUUACGAUGCUGAAAUCUCUUAUAACAUUGGACCUGUCAGGAAAUUCCAUUAAGUCUCUUUACCCCGGAAGCUUUCCAGAGCCCUCAUCUUUACAGAUUCUAAGACUGAGUGGUAUUGACACAGUGUCUCCGGCCACAGACGUGUCAUUUCCUUUUUCAUCCACGGAUAAUUUAAUAAGCUUGGAUUUGUCAAAUAGUCCCGGGUUAGCGCGGCAAUUUAUAGAGGAUACGGCUGCCUUAGCAUCAUCUAGAGAACUACAAGAACUAGAUAUUUCAGGAGCUGACCUUAAACAUAUUCGAUCUGAUUUAUUGCAUUUUUUGCCGCAGUUAAGAGUACUCCAUUUAAAGGAUAACCGGCUAAAUUGCACCGAUCUCGAAUGGUUGGCUCUAUGGAUGAGACGACAAGUUCAAGCGGAGCAUAAAUAUAUUACGUGUGCCAGUCCCCCUGAGCUUUGGGGCAUGUCAUUACUAGAUUUAGAAUCUCCUAGUGUAACGACAAUAAAUACUGUUAAGUCUGAACAGAUUCAAAUUGACAGUAAAACGCAAAAUUUUGAUUUGAAAAAUUCUUCACUAAUUUUUAGUAAAACAGAAAAUAGCAGUUUUAUAAAUAACUAUUUCUUUGAUAAAAACUUUAGUUUUAAGAGAAAUACAUCUCUUUAUAAUGAAUCAAACAGAAAAGGCAACAAGACAGUACACUCAAUUUUGUUGAAAAGGAAACAGUCUCCUGUGAGUUCUAUUAUUAACGAUGGAGGGAAAACGCAUGGAAAAAGUAUUGGGAUAUCAAAUAUGCAGCAAGAAAAAACGCAAGAUUACACUACUAGCGAUGGAGACGGGAGCCUUCUUAGCAAAGAAGGUAUGAGAAGUGACAGAAACUUGUUAGUGCCGAGACAAAACGAAACAUCUAAGCAAAUCCUUAUUAAAAGCCCGAUCCCAGUACGGACGCCACACGAAAGGAAAUUCAAUGACACAUUUGGUUUAACAGAACCCGACAAUAGCGGGAAAGAGAUGCAGAUUUUGGGAGCAGUUAAUUUGACAGAUAACGUUUCAGAGUGGAAUGUUUCAACGGUUAAGACUUCAAUGAUUAAGAACUCUUACGAAUCUACAAAUUUCCUACAUCCAGGAAUGUUGAUAGUAGCAGCAGGACUUUUAGGGGGUACCAUCAUUAUAUUUGUAUUACUGAUGCGCCUCAACAAAAAACGAUUUCUGAAUACACACGAUCCAGAAGUUAUUCCUGUGACAAGCAUUGCUAGUGUAAGUGAUCUUUGGUAAUACAAGAUAUCUUGAAGAGCCCGAGACUUCAUUGACAUUAAAUAUGUAAAUAUUAGUAUAGUAAUUUUUAUCUUCAGUGAAAUCAAUAUCAUGGAUAUUUUGAUAUAAGCUAACAAAAAACAAGA